UUAAGAAAAAAAGGUAAAAUAAACACAAAAUAUGAACAGUAUAGCAAUAUUGUACAGAAGAGUAAAAAGAAAGUAAGGUAGGAAAAACACUAUUACCCAGAUAACUUUGCGGUUCGAACAAAGUUCCUCGACCAAUCAGAUACGGGAGUGUUUUUAUUAUUAUUAAAUUACUUUAUUAAAACGAAAUUACACUUAAGAAAAAUGGUCAAACAAACACUAACUAUAAAUAGUAUAACAAUAUUUUACAGAAGAUUAAAAAAGAAAGUAAUGGAGAAAAACACCAUUACCCAGGUAGCUUUGCGGUUAGAACAAAAAUCCUCGACCAAUCAGAUACGUGAGUGUUUUUUAUUAUUAUUAAAUAACUUUAUUAAAACGAAAAAAGAAAAAAAAAAGACCAAACAAACACCAACUAUGAACAGGUAAAACAUAUUGUACAGAAGAAAUAAAACAUAAUAAUGUCGGAAAAACACUAUUACCCAGGUAGCUUUGCGGUUGGAACAACAAAGAUGGCGAUUCUGCUCAGUGUUUCCGUACGUGAUAUGAAUAGUGAAACGUCCAACAUAUGAAUUAAAGGAGCGACAACCAGCGCAGCACUGCAGACGACGGGCAACUCACCACUGCGGGUCCGCUGCUUCACACCUCACUGCAUCCGCCGGCAUAUAUAAACUCGUAAAAUGCCGUCUCCGAAAGCGAAAACCCCGGCUCGCGCAGGCGGAAGCCCGGUGCUCGGCGGCGCCAACGGCCGCUACGAGUUCAUGUCGCUGACGAAGUCGCUGAACCGCUCCUCGCCGCCGCCGCCGCCGCUCCUCCUCCAGCGGCAGGGCUCCGACCCGACCACCGCCCGCCUCCGCGUGUCGGAGAGCCCCACUCGGCGCCGGGGCUCCAGCUCCUCCACCGGCUCGGCGAGCGGCCAGGCCCCGCCGGAGGAGGACGGCUUGCGGCUCAACCCGUCCUUCCUGCGCGUGGCGCUCAGCUCGCUCCUCGCCAUCGACCUGUGGAUGUCCAAGCGGCUCGGGGUGUGCGCCUGCGAGGACUCGUCCUGGGGCAGCGUGCGGCCGCUGAUGAAGCUGAUCGAGAUCUCGGGGCACGGCAUCCCCUGGCUGGCCGGCGGCGUCUACUGCCUGUACAAGAGCGACAGCGCCGCGGGCCAAGAGGUCAUGCUCAACCUGCUCAUGGGUCUCCUGCUGGACCUGCUCCUCGUCGCCGUCGUCAAGGCGUCGGUGCGUCGGCGUCGGCCGGCCCACAACCGCAUGGACAUGUUCGCCACCUUCUCCGUGGACCGCUACUCCUUCCCGUCCGGCCACGCCACCCGCGCCGCCAUGUGCGCCCGCUUCCUGCUGGCCCACCUGGUGCUGGCCGCCCCGCUGCGGGUCCUGGUCCUGCUGUGGGCCGCCCUGGUGGGGCUGAGCCGCGUGAUGCUGGGCCGGCACAACGUCACCGACGUGAUGUUCGGCUUCUGGAUGGGCUACUGCCAGUACAACCUGGUGGAGCUGCUGUGGCUCUCGCCUCAAACCCUGCAAGGGCUGCUGGGACAUUUGGCCUGACAUGAAGGAUCGGGGACGAGACACGGCCGUUUGGAUCUUAAUCACGAGAGCACCUUGUUGUCCUUGUUUAGACGGACGAACCAGAGGAGCCGUCUCCGUCCCGUCGGCUGACGCUCACGGGCGCAUCGAGUAGGAUUUGUCGGUUUGUAAACAUUCAGUUGGCCCCUCCCCCCCCUGGCCCCGCCUCCACGAGGGUCCCGGUGCUCUGAUUCACUCGAGUUUCCCUCGACCCUCUGGCUCUAUACCUGCAGACUCAUUCUCAUCGCCUUCUCUUGGACGGUCGCUCCGAUUUUUAUUUUUAUUAUUCGAAAAUUAAUGCAGAGAGACCGGCGCUCACCUGAAGUGUAAAAGGUAAUGAUUGAGGGGGGUUAUUUUUGUAUGAGUUUGCACAUUGUUUUUAAUGAAACAUUUUUUAAUCCUAAUCAUUGCGCUUUAAAAUGUAAAACGCCUUUCAGCCAUCACGAGUAGCCUGACUGUCACACACGGAACUGAUUCAGACUCGACCAGGAGGAACCGGGUCAUCGGGUUUCCCCCUUGAAGCCACCGCUUCACUCACGGGAAAUGAUUUCAUCAAAUGGAGAGAGGUGGGGGGGGGGGGUUCGCAUGUCUGUCCUCAUAUCUGCAGCGCGUCCCGGAGGCUUCAGGUACGCUUCGUAAUGUCGCAACACAGCGGAGGACUCCCACCUGUCCAUCCUGAUGAAGUUGUUUACAGUUGAAUGGGCCUUAUUUAUUCCCUUUUCUUUGACUUCAUCACUGUUCUGUUCAUAAUCGACCAAAGUAUGUCACGUGUUGCAGCUUCAACUCCUUCCUGGACCAUCAGAAAUAUAUUUAUGUGCUUUACUACUUUUUUUAGAUUUUGUGUUAGACUAAAAGAAACACUUUGGUUUCAGGGGAGGACCACGAGAGGAGCUCCUCCCGGACCCCCGGCUCUCACUGAGGAUCAGGUCGUGACCCCCACCUGUUAAAGCUCAAGCAGAUUUAGAAAAUGUACUUGGUUAUUAUUGUUACUUUAGAUUAACAGUUAUGAAUCUAUUCAAAAAAAACAUUUAGAUUUAUUGUCUCUUAUUCUGGGUGAGUAAAAAAAAAACGGCACUUUGAAUCCCGCCGUGUCCAAUCGGUGGUUUUCCUCCCCCUGAAGAGACUGAAGAGGAUCCUUCUGGUCUCGGACCAGGACUGUCUUAGUCCAUGAAGCGAGACAAUCUGAGACCGGUCGGCCCAGAACGUGUAAAACCUGCUCGGCCGCUGAGCUUCUCCUCUAAACUCUUCAUCUCCUUUCGAUGUUUUACGACGCGUGUUCACGUUAAUGUUUAAUGUUUUACACAAACCCUCAGUUGAAGAUUCGGCAAGGCAAUAUUAAUGUGUAAAGGAGCCGAGCGUCGCGGUCAAUGUUUGAUUGGAGUGACCUUUUGGGACUCGAGGGGUCAGAGGUCAGGGGGCGGAUACUAAGAGGGCAGAUAAUGUCAUUUAACCGAUUCCGUUUUGUCUUAUUUGCAACAAAAUAUUGAAAUCACAAGAUGAGUCUGAUUUAGUGUCAGAUAAGUAGCAAACAAAUGCAGCUGUUGAGCUGAAUUGCUCUUCAAAUAUAUUUAGAUUUCUUUGACCGUGUGCUGUGUUUGGCGUUCACCUCUUCUCUGCAGAUUAUUUCACGUUUGCAUCUCGUCACUGCCGGGAACAAGUGCAGCCUCGUUUAUGUUUGUCUGGUAUAAUUAUAUUGAUUUUAAGAACUCUGAUGAGAUUUGUGUGAUUACUGUGUAAAUGUUGGGUGCAGCUGCCCCAUUGUUCCCAUUGGCGCUGCAAUACUUGACGAAUAACCUUCCCAGUGCGGCCAAUCGGAUGACUGGCGAGUGAGGUGUAGCUUCCUUUUUUUUAUAUUAAUUAAUUUAUUACUUCUGUUGAAAUCUUAAUAUGCUGGACAGUGAACUUUGUGACCAAAUACAAUAUUUAUUUAAAUUUGAUUUUUUUCCCCAUUUCCCUGUCUUGAGGAGCACGACCAUACAUAUCCUUAAUAUAUAUAUAUAUCUCCUUUUGAAAAAAUAAAUAUUUAUUUCUUUUUAUAUUGCUUUCUUAAGGAUAUUUAUGAUAUAUAUAUAUACACAUAAAUUAUAAAUAUCCUUACAAAAUAAAUAUUUCCUUUUUUUAUGGUAUUUAUAUAUAUUUAUGGCAUAAAUAUAUCCCUUAAGAAAAAGAUAUAUAUAUAUACACACACUAAAUAUCCUUUAAAAUAAUAAAUAUAUAUAAUAAAUAAAAAAAGAUUUAGCACAUUCCACCUGGCCACGCCCCCGCGUUGUAAAUUCAUCUGUUCUUCUUCCAACAUGAAGCCAGCUGCGAUAUAUUUCACUCCGAUCCGUCUUGCCUGCUAUAUUCUAUAAUGAUAGUGUUUCCUGUAUAUACACCUUAUUCUCACUGUAUGUAAAUAUGCCUGUACGGUCAUGUGACUCAGCUGUGUUGAUCGAUGUUCAGUAGAUUUGAAUGUGCUGCUCGAUAUCCCCCCGAGGGAUUGUUUUUGAAUAAUUGUAAUGAUUUCUAAUUAAAUUGGGAACCAAUCUGAAA